GCGCACGCCACACGGGGCAGCGCCAGAACGCAUUCGUUCGUUUCCAAACGAUCCGCAGUCCCAAGCGAAGCGGUCCAGUAGAGCGGGCAGCCCAGCCUGCAACCGGGCAGCCUCGACACCAUGGCCACCGCCGCCCUCGCCGCCGCGAAGCUCAAGAGGAGAAGCAACGCCGACAUGAACCGCCUCAGACACCCACCACCACCACCCGCAAGUGGCGACGCGACGAUACGGCUGAAACUGCUCACGAUCGGCGCCGCGCACAGCGGCAAGAGCUGCAUCGUCAAGCGCUACUGCGAAGGGAGGUUCGUCUCGAAAUAUGUGCAGACCGUCGGCGUCGAUUAUGGGGUCAAGCCCGUGGACGUCGACGGCACGAUGGUACGAGUGAAUUUCUGGGACCUGUCCGGCCAUUCUGCUUUCUUGGAGGUAAGGAACGAGUUCUACAAGGACACGUCCGCUACUUUACUAGUGUAUGACGCGUCGGACCGCAAUUCCUUCGAGGAGCUCGAAACGUGGCUCCGGGAAGCUUUUAGAUAUGGCAUGAAGGAAUCAAUACCUAUCUGCGUCUGCGCGAAUAAAAUAGAUAGGCCGCGGAAGGUCUCCGAGAGCGAAGGCCGGAAGUGGGCGCGGGACCGAGGCUACGACUACUUCGAGACGUCGGCGCAGUCCGGCGCCAAUAUAUCCGAGGUCUUCGAGUGCGCGUUCCGCAGGGCGCUCCGGCGGUAA